AGCUUUUGCAAAGAGGAUGUCUCCUCUAGGCAAAACCCUUUUGCAUGCAGCUACAUCAUUGUUUAUGUCACUUCGAAGUUUCCACAAGCUAUGGAUAUUCUUCUUGCUGAAUUCCACAAAGCUUGCAUUUACACUGUCCCAAAUCAUGAUGUAAUUCACAGUCAAUGUGGGGAUUCCGAGGCAUAUGAGCGCCUAGAUUCUACAAUGAGGCUAUACGGUGCACUUGUCCAGACUGAUAUUCGCGGUGGUAAUGCUACUAACCUUCAUGGGAUAGAACAUGGAUGGGCUUGGUUAGCUCGGUUCUUUAAACAACAUCUCAGCCAUCAACAUAGCUACUGCGACAGCGUUAAACGCCUUUCUCCAAACGGCAGGGUUUGGUCUUCAUCAACGGUACAAAUCUCAGUUUGUGAAAGUUAUGAACGUUGUGCGAGAGCAUUUCUUGACGAAACUGAGGGAAGAAAAGGAUAUACAUUGAUCACGGCGUACUUAGAUGACCGGAUGUACCUCAAGGAACCUGAAGGAAGAACUAUGAAGACGAGUCUCUUGUGAACGGAGUAUACCGCUGUUUUAGAUCAGCAGAACAACAAUCAGCAUUACCAGAGGAUGAUUACAUAAACUGCUAUUGAUUUG